AUGGGCAUGGCCACGACACAGGCAGUGACACCAGCGCCCAAGCUGCGCAAGUGCCAGAAGCUGCUGCGAGAGGGCUCCUUCAGCCUCAACCGGUCCUCCUAUUUCAUAGGCCUCAACUUCGGUCCGCGCAAGCAGCUGUUCUACCUGCGUCUGGACAACCUCACGCCAAUCACCUGGUUCACCUGCGACUGCGUCACACCCACCUCCUGCCGCACUGCCGGCACCGUCCUGCCCGAGCGGCCGCCGUACAACACAACAGAGAACGGGGCGACGGCAGUGCUGUGCGACACCGACACGUGCAAGAACAACACCGACCGCCCCGCACCCGGCCUCAAGAUCGGCUGCCAGGUGGCAGACCAGAUCCCGUCAAAGCUGGGCAAGGGCAAGUGCGAGUACCUGCACCUGCACACCAUCGUGCGGUCGCCUCUAGGGUCCAUAGGCAGCCUUCCCAACAAGGACGGCACCAAGGUGGGCAAGAGCUACGGCAUCUUCUACCCCGAGAACGUGUGGCUCACCCACAUGGACGGCUGGACCGUCAGCCCCGAGCUUGUUGUUGGCUGCGGUAUGGUGCAGAAAGGAGCGCUAGGCGGCUACACCGAGGUGCCCGACGGGGUCUUCGGGCUCGGGUGGGGAAAACUCAGCAUCCUCUCACAAAUGGCGGACCUGGGCGUGUGGGAGAACAGCUUCGGGCUGUGCUUCGAGGGCGACAUGGGGCUCAAGGGCGGGUCGUACCUCAACUUAGGCGACGCGCUGAUAGAUGGGUACAGCGAUACCAUCCCCAUGCGCCGCAUCUUCCCGAGCCCCAUGUUCUUUGUGGACCUGGGGGAGGUGCGCAUGGGGAGCAAGGUGGUGAACGUGCCGGCGGGGACCUUUGGGAAGCCGACGCCCAAGGCGGAGGGGGGCGUGGUGGUGGACCCGUUUACUACUGUCACGCGCUUGCCGCCCGUUGCGCUGCUCGCUAUUAAUGAAACGCUGGUGGGGUUGAUGCCCAAUCUGACGUACGAUAAGGGCAACUCCAAGACCUUCGGCCUCAUCUGCUGGAAGGGCGCGCCCUACAAGCAGAAAAAGCCAGAGCUGUUCUACCCACAGUUCCCCAACAUGCAGCUCGUCUUCCCCAACAACACCAUCUUCUACGUGCUGCCGCAGUCCUACCUCAUUGCGAACAUCACCACGGGCAAGGUGUGUCUGGCGGCAGCAGAGACCACUGACAGCCGCACCACCAUUGGCGGUACGCACCAGCAUAGGGCAGCGCUUGCAUGCAGUGGGUCUAUGGCUGCUAUAGCUGUCCCCUGCAAUGCUGCUAUGGCUGUCCCCUGCAAUGCUGCUAUGGCUGUCCCCUGCAAUGCUGCUAUGGCUGUCCCCUGCAAUGCUGCUAUGGCUGUCCCCUGCAAUGCUGCUAUGGCUGCCCCCUGCAAUGCUGCUAUGGCCGUCCCCUGCAAUGCUGCUAUGGCUGUCCCCUGCAAUGCUGCUAUGGCUGUCCCCUGCAAUGCUGCUAUGGCUGUCCCCUGCAAUGCUGCUAUGGCUGUCCCCUGCAAUGCUGCUAUGGCUGUCCCCUGCAAUGCUGCUAUAGCUGUCCCCUGCAAUGCUGCUACAGCUGUCCCCUGCAAUGCUGCUAUGGCUGUCCCCUGCAAUGCUGCUAUGGCUGUCCCCUGCAAUGCUGCUAUGGCUGUCCCCUGCAAUGCUGCUAUGGCUGUUGCAUCAUUCCUGCGCAACAAGAUGGUCAUAUACAACUACAAGGACAGCACCAUAUCAUGGGCAGACAUGAACUGUACGUCUCCACCACCUCACCUCCAAUCAACUCCUCAUUACCACCUUCCUCUCCCUUUCCCUCCCUGCCCUCCCUUCCCCCCUUUCUCUCCGCCCGUUUCUCUACCCUUUCCCUCCAUUCAAUCCCGUCUUUAA